AUGGCAUCCUCCCGGACCUCAGCAUCCUGCUCACCGGACAACCUCCUCGACGAACCCACCCGCGCCCGAGCUGCCCACACCAGCGCCGACGGGAGCGGCGACGACGUCUCGGCCGUGUCCGAGCGGGUCACCUCGCGGCUGCGCGCCCGAAAAACUCUGAGAGACAUCUGCAAGAGGUACUCGAUCCCCGACGACUUCGCCCCGCUCCUCGCCGGCGACCUCUCCUCGUGCUCUCCCCCGCCGCCAGGAUCCGUCUGCGUGUACGUCGACGCGCUGGACGCCGGGUUGCGCCUCCCCCUCCACCCCUUCUUGGGCACGGUGCUCAGCCACUUCGGGCUCGCCCCGGGCCAGCUCGCGCCCAACGGGUGGCGAGCCCUGGCCGGAUUCGUCGUCCUCUCCCACUUCGCCGGCGUGGCGCCGUCGCUGGCCGUGUUCCGGCACUUCUUCUCGCUCUGCCAGUUCCCGCCGCACCGGCUCUACACCAUCCGCGGCAAGGACGCCGCCGGGCUGCUCUUCGCCCGGACGGGGGCGAACAAGUACCCGGGGUGGAAGGAGGAGUUCUUCUUCCUGUCCUCAACGGCGCCGUGGCCGUGCCCGGUAGAGUGGGGGGAGCCUUGCAGAUCCGCCACCUUCGAUCUCACGCUCACCAUCCCGGAGAAGGCCGUUGCUGAGCACCUGCUGCGUGCUCGAGGAAGCUCGCCGAUUGAUCUCACCACGUACCUCCACGACUCCAACAUGGCUGCAGCCAAGAUCAUCAUCCAAACACCAGCACCAGCCCCUCAAGGGAUGGGCAAACCUGCAGUCAAUGUCGCCACCAAGGCCGCACUGCACUCGCGCCGGCAGGCCGGGAAGGUGGCCUUGAAGAAGAAGAAGAAGCCUGACUGCAAGGUUUCGCCAUGUCUUGGGAAGAAGAGGAAGCCCGUGGAGGACCACGAGGAGAGCUCGGCGGAGGAGACCGCCUGCCCCCGGAAGCCGCCGAUGAGCAAAGAUGAUGGGAAACAGCGAGGCCGCGACGGGCACUGGAUCGCGGCGAGGCGGAUGCUGCAGGGCGUCGUGACGCCGCUGAGGCAGCGCGAGCUCGCCGCGUGCAGGCCGGCCGACGUCGUCACCUCGAGCUACGUGUCAUUGCUCCAGACGGCGAACGAGGUGGCGUUCUCGCUGGGCUACGCUCUGGAGCUGGAGGACAAGCUGAGGGCGCGCGAGCACGAGGCCGACGCGCUGCGGUUGGAGCUGCGCAGGGCGAAGGCCGAGCUCGCCCAGAGCAAGGUGCCAGCGCUGCGAGCGGAGCUGCACACGGCGAAGGUCGAGCUCGCCCAGACCAAGGCGGAUGCGCUGGUGGCGCGUGAGGAGGCGGACGCACUGCGCGCGCAGCUGGGCAGGGCGAAGGCCGAGCUCGCCAACGCGAACGCGCUGCGGGCGGAGCUGCGCGGGGCGAAGGCCGAGCUCGCCCAGACGAACGCGGACGCGGAGAGGGCCAAGACGGCGGCGUCGCGCGCGCUGGUGGGGCGCGACCUGAUGGGGUACGAGCGCGGCUUGGCGGACAUGAAGCGCGCCGUGCUACACCGCUACCCGCUGCUUGAUCCGGCGAGCCUGGUCGUGCGGCUCCACGGCCCCCGUUAG